AUGUCCCUCGUCGUAAAUAUCAACAUUGUCUCCAACGAUGCGCCCGGUGAUUCCACAUCCAUCGUUUUAGGGGACACGAAGAGCAACGCGCCUCGCGCUUACGCGCAGUGGGUUAGCAUGCUAAUCAAGAAUUUACUGGGUAACGCUAGCAUCAAAGUUCAAAACGCUAACGUCAGCUGGGGUAAAUUCUAUGAGGACGGCAACAAAGAUCGCGAAAUUUCUGCAGGAAAGGUCAAUAGCAUCGUAAUUGCUCCCAACUUUACGGCCACUGUUGCUGCCUGCGGUCGUGCGAACGCUGCGUCCGGGACGGAAGGCACGAUCGACCUUUACGACGGUACUACUAGGAUUUGCACACUCUACUGGAACUGUCCGUGGGGAAGCAAGCGGAACGACUUUGAGAAGCGGAAUGUGAAUUCUAGCUACAUGGUCACCAUCGGUCCCUGGAACCCUGACUCGGGCGCGAUUGGGAACGUCAACAUCGACGUCGAGCGUGCCUAA